AUGUCCAAUCUUGCAGAAUGCAGCACGGCUCCGACACCGGUCACUCUGUCAAAAGAAAAUCCGGAACACUCAGAUCCUCUGUUCUCGGAUCCAAAGCUUUACCGCAAGCUAGCCGGAUCCUUACAAUAUCUCUCAAUCACUCGUCCGGAUAUCGUGUUCGCCACCAACCGCAUUUGUCAGCACAUGCAUGCUCCAACCGACCAAAACUUCAAGUCUCUAAAACGCUUGCUCCGGUACAUCAAAGGCACUCUCCAUUAUGGUCUGCCUCUUACGCUCAGCAAUCUCCAGCUAUCGACGUAUACCGAUGCAGAUUGGGCGUCAGACAAUGCCGACCGGAAAUCCAUUUCGGGUUUCUACACAUUCCUAGGAGACAACCAAGUCUCAUGGGAAGUCAAAAAGCAAGCGACGGUAGCCAGAUCCUCCACCGAAGCAGA